CGCCUGUUGUGUUCUUUUUUGUGUCAAAAAAAGUGAGGAAAAUCCCAUCGGCGCCGUGAUUAGGAGUUCCUCUCUUUUUCCUCGUUGGAAUUGAAUUCCCUGUUCUAUCAGCUCAGCCUCAGUGCCUCAACUUCACCUUUUCGGCUUUUUCUUUUUCUACAGCAUCCCAUCCCACCCGUGACACAUUCUUAAUCAUUUUUUUGUCAAUGCCACCUUUCACUUUACUCUUUGUCAACCCCAUUUGUCUAAAAUAUAAAACCAGCUCUCCCGGAAACUUCCCUGAACCAUUAACCAACACCUCUUUAUAUUUUCCCUUUUUCCAAUUUGCACGACUCACUCACAUAGAAAUCACACUCCAGCCCUUCUUCAUUGAUUCAGCUAUGGAGGCUGGAGAUAGCAUGGUUUGCAGAAGAAGUCAUAAGAGAAAGCUGUGUGAAGAUGAGAGUUCAAGAUUCCCACUGAACGAGCUCAAUCAGGACCUUCUUGAGCGAGUUCUUUCUUGGCUCCCACCGUCUGCCUUUUUCCGCCUGACUUCAGUGUGCAAGAGAUGGAAAUCGGUGGUGGAUUCCGCUACUUUCAGGCUUGCCUGCUCUCAAGUUCCAUCCAGGGAUCCCUGGUUUUUCAUGGUUGAUUCCCAGCCGCACCCGAGCCACCAACCAAUUGUCUUCGAUUCCACGGAAGGAAACUGGAAGAAACUCAAUCACUCGCCUCUGCUCCAGCUCAACCAGAAGAACCGUGAGUCCUGCAAAGAUUUCAUUCCUGUUGCUGCCUCAGGUGGACUCAUCUGCUUCCACCGUGCCGACGGUGAAUUCAUCGUCAACAACCCUGUCACCGCCUCCUGCCGCCGGCUUAAUUCAGCGUCUCGCAACCCACAAUCGCCCAUUCGGGCCAUCUCGAUGAUGUCAAAAGCUGAAACUUACAAGCUGGUUUUAGUUUCAGGAGAGCUUCCAAACCUCACAUUCAGGGAAUACAACUCCACCACUGACGAAUGGGGAGAAGACAUUGUCCUCAAAAGAAAAGCCGACAGAUCUGUGGAAACCGAAACAAGCGACGAUUGUACACAGUAUUUCUUGAGCAAAUGCGGCAAUCUGGUCUCGACAGACAUACAGAGGAGCCCAGCUAAGCAAUAUUCAUCGAUUCUCACUCUUAAAGACGGCGAGGAAAUACUGUAUUUCCUUAGCUCCUCAGGCACAGUUGUAGCUUGCAACCUUACACGCAGAUUCUUUUUCGAGUACCCGAGGCUGCUGCCUGUUUUCUGCGAGUACUCAAUCGAUCUAGUUGGGAGCGGGGGACAAAUGCACGUGGUUUUGCUCUCUGAAUUUCUCGAAACUGCUAGCCUUAGAGUAUGGACGUGGGACGACGGUAUUCAAUCUUGGCGGCAGAUAGCCGCGAUGCCACCGUCGAUAUCACAUAAAUUCUACGGCAAGAAGGUGGACAUAAACUGCACAGCCGCUGGUAAAGAAAUGCUGGUUUGUCUGAAUUCAGGGGAACUCUGCAGUUACAUGAUGUGCAAUUUGGCUACAAACGAAUGGGUUGAAUUACCAGAAUGCAAUAGCAAUGAGGAAGGCAGAGAGUUCGUGUGCGCCUUCUCUUUUGAGCCUAGGAUUGAAGCCUCGAUUUGGGGUAGAAUGUAGCAGACUUCCCUGUACGUGUACGUGGUGUUUUUAGCUUUAGUUUUCUACUAAUUGCUCGUAUGUUGUAGUGAUUUUUUUUUUCCCCUGAUGUCGAUACUUUACAUGUAGCUUCUGCGGAAGUGAAUAGGAAACAUUAUUUGAUUUGAGUGUUGAUAUAUUAAGUUUGAAUGAGUGACAUACCCUGUCGGGAUUAUUACAAAAAUGAUCAGAUGUCAC